AUGCCGCAGCCCCAAGAUGAAGCCAGUGUGGAUGAGAUGUUCCAAGAGGGCAUGGGGCCCUACAAGGACCUGGAUGAGGCUGGAGGGAGCACUGGCCUCUUGAUGGACUUGUCAGCCAAUGAAAAGACAGUUCAUGCGAACUUUUUUAAUGAUUUUGAAGAUAUCUUUGAUGAUGAUGUCCAGUGAAGCUGUCCAGUCGUAUAUGUUCCACAUUUGUGAUAUGUCUUGAAUUUCUCAAGACAGAAUG